AGUUAGACAAUAGUGGCGUGGAGUGGAGGUUUCAAUCGAAUGAUUUGUUUUCAUGUGUUUGUUGAACGUCUGGUGUCAAUUAACAGUAUAAACAGUAUAAGUUUCUUCUGGGUGAUGUGCCAUUAACACGCGAAACUUUAUCUUCAUUUAGUCGACCUUUCAUUAUUCCGGUGCAACAGGAAAUAUGAUAAUUGCCCCUAUAGUUGAUUAGCUGCUGCUGUUGAUAAUAACAUGCUGCUAAUAUACGAUAAGCCUGUGCCGUGUACAUCUGCACACCACUCGGAAUUAAUACCAGCUGAUACCAGCGAAACGAUCCCUCGACAGUUUGUAGUUGAUGUUUGAUGGCGAAGCAAUUCACAAGUUAAGAUGGUUGAAUUCUUUUACCUGGGAUUAUACUUAUUACUAUUUGGAAACUGCAUUGGUGAUUAUUCUGAAUGGGAUACAAAAUGGCAAAUGGUGUGUCCUGGAUUAUAUCCCAGGGUAUUCACAAGUUAUACACCCAGAGGAAAUCUUUCCAGUGGAAUAUAUGCUAGUCAGCCACAUUUGAGUGGCAUUCAUCAUUGUGUGACUGCUUGUUGCACUAAACCUAAAUGCAAUGUAGCCCUUACGCAUAACAGUACCUGUUAUCAUGUGCAAUGCGAAAAUUCCCAAAUAUGUUUACCAUUGUACAGAGUGGAUUUAGCCAAUGAAAGUCCACCAAGUAUGGUCUUGGUUAAGCCUGUAGAGGAGGAUGAUAUGUGGAGUGAAUUAUUGAAGAUGAAGAAGAUAAAUGAAGAUACUGGUACAGUGCUGAUGGAUGGAACAGAAAGAGACCAUAUAUUUUUUGAUGGAUCAAAUGAAAUAAGCUGUCUUACUCAAAGAAAUUGUUUAGAGCAUGAAAUAUGCAUUAAAGAUCAGGACAAAUCUGAUGUUGGAAUUUGCCAAUGUUCUAUUGGAUUUAAACGUAAUAUCGCAGGAAUUUGUACUCCGGAUGAAGACAUACAGCUUAGUGUAACACCACAAAUAAAGGCUCAAAUUCUUAAAGAUUCAAGUUUAUCUAUGAAACCAACAAUGAAGCGCUUGUUAGUUUCUGCAGUUUCAAAGGAAGUACGUUUACCAGAAAAUGAAGUAACACUGUCUGCCUACACUGUGCCUGCAGAGCAGGACAAUGAGCACUACAAUUAUGCUUGGAGUCUUCUGAGUCAGCCAGAAAGUCAUAAGGGCAUCAUGACUGAUCAGAAUCGUAUGACUGUUAAAUUAAGUAAUCUGUCUGAGGGUUUAUAUACAUUCAAAGUAACAGUAAACAGCCCAAAUGCUUAUGGUGAAGCAUAUGCAAAUGUCAGCGUUUUACCACCAAAGAGAAUAAAUCAGGCGCCAAUAGCUAUAAUUUCUCCUGCUUCUCAAGUUGUGAAACUACCAAAUACCGGAGCUGUGUUAGAUGGAUCAUCAAGUAAAGAUGAUGACCGAGUAAUUUCCUAUCACUGGGAACUCCAACAGGGACCCAUUGGUUAUCAACCUAACCUAGUCGACACACCUACGUUGCAGUUGGAUAAUCUUAUCCCUGGCAACUAUACAUUUAAGUUAACUGUGGAAGAUUCCGAUCACAUUACAAACUCUACAAGUGCUAAUAUAACUGUGCUGAAAGUAACUGACUAUCCUCCUAGCGCAAAUGCAGGGCAAGAUAUUAUUAUAUAUCUACCUCAAAAUACAUUAACUUUGAACGGUAACUUAAGUACGGAUGAUCAUGGUAUAGCGAGUUGGGAGUGGACAAAAAGUCCUUCUGACCAAAACAAAGCAGUGGAUAUGCAGAACACGAGAACGCCUUAUUUACAACUGUCUAAUCUGGAAGAGGGAAUGUAUACGUUUGUGUUAAAAGUAACAGAUGACUCUGAACAAUAUUCUACAGCCGAAGUCCACGUCUUUGUAAAACCGCCGACGAAUAAACCACCCAAGGCUGACGCUGGUGAAGAUAUAACCAUAGCACUACCAGAAACGAAAACCAUGCUUGAUGGUCGAAAAAGUAAAGAUGAUAUUAAGAUUGUAUCAUAUCAUUGGGAACAAGUGAGUGGGCCCAGCAGUGGAGAAUUUUCUGCUGUUAAUGAAUCAAUUACCAAUGUAACAAAACUAACAAAGGGCGAUUAUGAAUUUAAGCUAACCGUGAUCGAUGAUAACGGAAAUAAAGACUCUGAUACUGUGAAAGUAAAAGUUACACAAAAUAAAAAUGCUCCUCCUAAAGCAAAUGCGGGCGGUGAUCAGGUCGUGAUAGCCCCCAUCAGUGCAUUAAUUAUUAAUGGAACUCAGUCGACUGACGAUUUAAAAAUUAGUGAGUGGUUUUGGACAAGAGAUCCGUCUAGUCUUGCUAUAGGUACUAUAACUCACGAUACGGAUAAGUCACCAAUUUUAAUGUUAACUGACAUUGUCCCGGGCAGAUAUGUUUUUAGAUUAAAAGUAAUGGAUGAUCAAGGUCUCAGUAGUGAAGACACUGUGUCAGUCAUAGUAAAACCAGAUCCACAGUUAUUACAUUUGGUCGAAUUGACAUUAAAUAUCGGAGCGAAUAUGCUAACAGUAUCUCAAAAAAAUUCAUUGGUAGUUAAACUACAAAUGUUACUGCGAGAUGAAGCGUCGAUUGUUGUUCGAAAUUUAAGAGCGGAACCACAUACCGGCAAAGCAGUAUUAGUGUUCUAUGUGGAGAAGAAAGGAGGUAAAACAACCAUGCCAGGACCUGAAGUAGUUAAACGGUUGAAAGAAAAAUUGAAACAAGAUUCCGGGCUACUUCAGUUGUCUGUAGCGAAUAUCGAUACUGCUGUGUGUCAAAAUAAUUGUUCGGGUCAUGGAGUGUGCGAUCAAGAAACUAGAUUAUGUAUGUGUGAGGCAUUCUGGAUGCAAAAUUUAGUACAGAAAUAUUUCGGUAACGGCGACUCCAAUUGCGAUUGGAGUAUUCUUUACGUAAUAAUCGCACUGUUAUCGCUGGUUGUGUGUUGGGUUGGUCUCAUUUGGGGUCUGGUUUGCCUGUGUCAAAGAAUAUGUACAGGGAAACGACGUUCGCUUCGAACCAAGAAAAAACCACCUCGUUACUUUCUUUUGCAACCGGAUCAGGAAGAUGACACUAUUUCGGCACAAAGAAUGGUACUAUCCGAAUCAGAUACGGACUUGGACGACGUUCUGUUCGAGCAUCGUAAGAUGGAGAAUAGUAGUUGUUGGAACGCUAGAGAGCCCACGCUCGGAGGAGAGGACUCCCAAGGAAGAAAGGAACUUGGUUGCGCACGCAUCGCACAAAGUUCGCACGCACACACACGUAUAGCGGGAAGAGCAAACUGCUUCAGUAGUCAAACAAGAAACGGUAAAUCUCGGAAUGGCUUCGCUAAAGUCGGUUCUAGAGUGAAAACAUGAGAAAGAUAUAGAAUCUGAGAUCUCAUUAAGCCACGCACACUCGUGUACGUUUGGCCAAAACAUAAAGUACUAGUCACUUACUGGGCUGUAAUGUUAAGUACGUACCUAAGUAAAUUCCAUAUAAUUUCUCGAACUGAAGAAAUUGCCACCUGCGUAAAUUAAUUUAAUUGAAACAGAUGUACUUAAGUACCGGCUAGACAAAUAAUGAGGACACAGGCUCAUCAUCCGUGAUUACAUCUUAUUUGACUUUUACUCGGGAUAAUAUUAUCAUUUGUCUGUAUUGUGUACUUGAGUUUCAGAAUUUUUCAUUGUAUAAUCGUGUAGAUGCACCGCUGUUUGUAUACGCUGGCGGUGCUAUAACACAAUGAUCGAAAUUCGUUUGAUCAUGGCCUUAGAAAGUAUUGAAAGAAUUUGUAUUUAUGUACAGGUUGCUCGAUAACUGGCGUCAGAAAAUUUAAGGAAUAAUUCUACAUAAUAAAGUAAGACGAAAAUCAGGAGUAACCAAAUUAUCAAUGAAUCUUCAUUUUUUAGUUAUAACCAUUUAAGAAAAACCGAACAGAUAAUCCUACAAUGUCAUAAACAGUCUAAUGGGGACCACAAAAUUCGACGAUAUUUGUCAGUGCUACAGGAAUCAACGAAAGUCGAAUAGGAAAAAAUAUUG